AUGUACGAAAUCUACCAAGAGAACAUAAUUUCGCUAUCUAGAAGUAGAAUUACAUCAUCACACUGAAAGCAACGUACCUGUCAUAUCAUCUGUAUGUAAAGACUUUCGUGGCCUAAUUUUGACUGCCUUACCGACCUAGAAAUAUGAGGCUGAUUGUUGUGUCCUCUAACACAAGAAGAACGGUGAUUACAUACAGAAGUAUUUCUUAAAAUAGUACUUCGGACAAAAAAAACGUGAACGGUGUUAAGCGAAGUUAACUUGUCGAGAAACUCCAUCAUCACUGAUUUCAAUCGCAUUAAAAUACAUUGUUAGGAACGUCAUUUUGAAUUCUACCUUGUACGAUAUAGGGGGUCGAUUCUAGUUACCGGAAUAUUAACGAAAUAUUGUACUUUUAAAAUUAUUACAUUGGAUUCCGUAUAUACAUGUACGUCUGUGGCAAUGUAUAUGUCAUCAUAUGGACCGCACACAUACACGCGCGUGAAUAACGGUUUACUAACAGUGCGUAUGUAAACAGCGAUAAUCGAUAAUGUUGGGAAUUAUAUUGAAAUGAACAUGUUCCUCUGGAAAAAUGUCCUAAUUACUUUACAUGGCUCUUCUAGACAAUUUCAUACUUCAACGAUUUUGCAAAAGGCUAUCAUAAUAAAUGGUAAACAAAUAGCUGAUGAAAUUCAAAAUGAACUAAAAACAACUGUUCAUGAUUGGGUAAAUGAUAAUAAAAAGAGACCUAAACUAGUAGCUCUAAAAGUUGGCAAUGAUCCAGCUAGUAAAAUAUAUGUUGAAAAAAAAAUGAAAGCUGCAAAUUUUAUUGGAAUUGAAAAUUAUACUAUUCACUUAGAAGAGAAUAGUUUACAACAAGACCUAAUGAAAGAAAUUGAUUGUUUGAAUAAAGAUGAAACUGUGGAUGGAAUUCUUGUACAAUUGCCAUUAACAAAAAACAUGAAUGAACAAGAAAUAUGUCAGGCGAUUACACCGUGUAAAGAUGUUGAUGGUUUCCAUUUAGAGAACUUAGGUGGUUUAGCAUUAAAUAGCAAUGGAAUAAUUCCUGCAACUGCUUUGGCUGUAAAAGAAUUAAUAAUUAGAAACAAUAUUGAAACUUUUGGGAAAAAUGCAGUGGUAGUAGGAAGAUCUAAACAUGUUGGUUUACCUAUUGCAUUACUUUUACAUGCUGAUAGCAAAGAUAAAACAGGUGCAUUAGAUAUGACAACAACUAUAUGUCAUCGUCAUACCCCUCACACUGAGUUAGAGAAAUUAACUAAAUUGGCAGAUUUAAUAGUUGUUGCAGCUGGUAUUCCUGGCUUAAUCACAAAGGAAAUGAUAAAACCAGGAGCAUGUGUAAUUGAUGUAGGAAUUACAAGAAUAAAAAUGGGCAAUAAAUACAAAUUAGUAGGAGAUGUGGACUUUGAAAGUAUAAAAACAAUUGCUGGAUAUAUAACUCCAGUACCAGGAGGAGUAGGUCCUAUGACUGUAACAAUGUUAAUGAAAAAUACUAUUUUAGCAGCUAAAAGGAAUUAUCAAAAUUCAAAAUUAUUUAAACUUAAUAACAUGAAAGUUCCUAAGCAUUAAUAAAAUAGUUUAC